CCAAAAAUAAAACACUAAGCUGUGUCUCAACAAAAGGUUAAAAAUGUUCUUUUUGCCAUCGCAUUGGGGAAAUGGGGAGUUGGGUGGGACGAAAACAAGAUCGUAACCACCAUGCUGUGUAAAAGUAUCCAUUUGAAAAAAAAAAAUAUUGAAAAUAAAUUCUAUUUUGAUUGCCAUAAAAAAUAAAUUUAAAAGAAGAAUUAAACUUCGAGCUGUUUAGCAUUGUAAUCGUGUAUACACAGUUCUUUUGUAAACAGCUGCAAAAUUAUUAUUUCUGAUAAAAAAUUUAUUUCCUUCCCUAUUUUACUUCCUGAGAACCUGUAUUGGUAGUUUUUUCAGAAAAAGUACACGUCUAAUCACAACGGUCGUGCGAGUUUUUGCGUGAAUAUCAGCGACAAAGACCUAACAACUCUGCGUCAACUUCUUCAUACACGAGUGAAAAACAUCUGUUAUGAUGAAUAUCACAACUACUACACACGCUUUCAUCAACAGCACAGCCACGACAACAGUCGCUGCUUCUGUUGCAGCAGACACAUACACUGAUGUCCAAAUGGUGUUCAUAUAUGUUGCCAUGGUUUUGCUCAGUGCGUUUACAGUCAUCGGAAAUAUAGCAGUGUUCGUGGCGUAUUUCAGGACUCCGGAUUUGCAAAACUCGACGAAUUAUUUCAUUCUUUCUCUGGCGACAGCAGAUGUUGUAAUUGGUCUUAUAUCAGUGAAUUUUUACACAGUCUAUCUUGCGUACGGUUACUGGCCACUAAAUGAAGUUUUAUGUGAUUUUUGGUUAUGUGCGGAUUAUUGGUGUUGUCAAGCUUCUGUUCUGAAUCUUGUUGUCAUAUCCGUUGACAGAUUAUUCUCAAUUAAAUAUCCUGUCGCUUACCGUUCUCGUCGUUCCGAUGCCAUUGUAAAAAAAGUCAUCGUCGUUAUCUGGAUCUUCGCUUUUUUGCUGUGGGUGCCAUGGAUUAUUUCUUACCAAUUCAUUCAAGGCGAACGUACCGUCCCAGUGGAUAGCUGUUAUAUUCAAUUUUUGUAUGAGAGUUGGUACAUUACGAUCAUUACGGCAUGCUUCGGCUACUACGGUCCAAUCCUCCUUAUUUCAAUUGUUUACAUAAAUAUCUACAGUUUAUUGUUACAGCGCAAGAGAAAGGUUAGUGCUAUCACUGGUGCUGGCUCCAUACGCGAUAAAUCAUACAAUUCUGUGACUGCAGUUACCGACCUCAAGACAGAACAGUCUGUAACAGAAUGCAACACGAGUAACUUUGCGGCAACUAAAAACACCGAGAAUGAUACGACUGUUUCUAAAGGUUAUUCUGUCCGAAGUAAAAAUGGUUCUGUUGUGAACCAAAAACGAAGGGGUCUUUCGGACCACGAGAGAGCAGCGACCUUGUUAGUGUUAAUCAUAUUAGCAUACGCUAUCACUUGGCUGCCGUACGAUUUGUUUGCAGUGAUUGCGCCAUUCUGCGAUACAUGCAUAUCAGCUGAUUGGUGGCAUUUCGGAUAUAUCUUCUGUUAUGUUAAUUCACUCAUAAAUCCAAUUUGUUAUGCUUUUGGUAAUAAAAAAUUUAAAAGAGCUUUCAAGGAGAUUUUGUGCUGUCGUAAAACUUAAACAUAAAGAGACACAGUUGAGGAGUAAGGAGAUGAUGUUUUUGAAAAAAAAUGUGCAGAGUAUUGAUGAAAAAACAAAAAACAAAUAAGAUAUUUCAUCGUAAUUAACUCUUUAUUAAUUUAACGGAACCGAAGACUUGAUCAAAGAAAGAAAGUGAAGUUGUUCGUAACUUUUAAUAAACACGUUGCUAACACAUUUAAAAAAACACGGCCUGUUUACAGUACGAUUUCACUCACUCAAAAAAGGUUGUAUCUUUUAAAUAUAUAUUACAUAAUAUAUAGUGCAGCCAAAAUGUUGGCUGUUGCUUUGUGGGA